AUGGAGGCGAUUGCGCAAAAGAUCCGGCUUAUUUUGGAGUCUACGGGUACUCGGACACCCGCUGAUAUCGUCUUUGCUACGGUUUUGAUUCGCUCUAUGGUUGACUUCCCGUUGAUGAACGAUAUCUACGUUUCGCUUUUCAAGAAGCCGAACCCCCCUGCCAGAGCUACGGUGGCUUGUGGGAAUAGUCUCCCCGAGGGCGUAAAGAUUACGGUCUCGUUGGUCAUCGAUUUGGGCCCCAGGGAUCUGCGACAGGGCCUUCAUGUUCAGUCCCGUUCAUACUGGGCCCCCGCUAAUAUUGGACCGUAUUCACAGGCUAUGUCUAUCCCGGUGCAGGCAUCAGAGCGGCUGGUGUACAUUGCCGGUCAGAUACCUUUGGAACCGGCGUCGAUGGAUAUGGUCGCUGGCCCGGAGCCAUGGCUUGAGAGCUACUCCUUGCGAGCGGUGUUGUCUUUGCAGCAUCUGUGGAGGAUUGCGGCAGCGAUGCAGGUUGACUGGUGGCUGGGGGCCGUUGCGUAUUUAACGGGAACAGACCACAUGGAUACUAAAGCGCAAAUAGCAUGGCGUCUCUGGGAGACGAUGCAUGUCCAGCAAACCGAUUCAGACGAGGACGACGAAGAACCGACGUUGGAUGCUUGGGACAUCAAGUAUGGAGGACGAGCUUAUGACCAGCCAGCAAAGGCAGUGGCGGCUGCUUUGCCUAACAUGUCCGUGGUGCAGUCGGACGUACUGGUUCCUACCUUCUUUGCUGCCCAGGUAGCUGAACUACCCCGGGGUAGCGAUAUCGAAUGGCAGGGUUUGGGUUAUCGGUGUGGUGGUUUGAAGAUGGCUGCGGAAGAAUUGGAUGUUGGUCGCAAGAUCGACACCACCACAGACGAGAAUCUGCGGUACACAGGAAUCGAGAUUGGCAAAGAGUCUGGCACUGAACUGGAAUCGUGCCUGCAGCGCAUUCUCGAACGAUACUCCACAGCGGGGGUUUCCCAUGCAAUUCUCUACACAGCACAGCCGCUGUCUGGGAAUAGUUGGCCGGGUCAGAUCGUGCCUUGCACGUCAGUAUGGGGCCAGAAAGGGCGGCAAUUGGCGGCCGGGAUCAUCCUACAGACGCAUAACCCCACGGACGCGUAG